AAAUAAUAUUACAUAGUUAUAUAUCUGAUCAUUUCAUAUCCUUGUGGUAAAUACGUGCACUUGAACCAUAACAUUAAUUCAAUAGUAUUUGUGUUUCAACAACUAAAAGUUUGUGAUGGCGGAUAAUAGGUUGUCUGAUACAACACCCAUUGUUAAUCACGAUGAUAACACAACAACGGAAAGUAAAGAAAAUAUUUGUCAGGGGAAAAUUCCAAAUCAACUAAGUAGCUACAAGGAGUUUCGAACGAGGGUCAAAUUGUUGUCUCAUAUUAAACUUAAACGAACAGGUGGCUACUUCCACCAUCUUGUUGUGUUGGCAAUCUCUCCGGUAUCUGAUGGGGUAGAUGCGGUCACCAUUGGGCAUUACACAACAUCUGCUGAAAUAGGGACGGAGAGUAGUCAUGGUAUUGGAAAAUUUAUACAGCAGACGAUCUUCAUUGGAGAAAACGAUACAAACGAUAUUUUUGAUUUUAAACAGGGUGUGUAUUUAGUUGAAAAGGAGAACUAUCCAAAGACAAAAGAUGAAAUUGAGGAAGCUUUUAAUCGUCUCAGCGAAAGAAUUGGUGAGAGAAUGUAUGAGAUAUCAUCAAAUAAUUGUGAGCAUGCAAUCAACUUUAUUUUGACCGGAAAGAGCGUCAGUCAUCAAGCAGACACCAAAACUUGCUCCCGGAUUUGCUUUAUUGAUUUGAUCAAUAUUUUGAUAAUAGAUUGUAAAGAAGUAGGACUCAAAACAGCUUUGUUAGUAGCUGCCCUCGGUGCCAUUGCUGGUGCAUUGGUGCGAAGAGCUUACGUAAAAAUAAUUGUUGCAGCUAUUGUCAGCCUUACCGUUGAAAGUAGUAUCAUUAAAUGUGGUGACACAAGGGGAAGUAAUUUACGCAAAGAAGCCGAUAUCAGAAUAGAUUUGGCUGCGCAUGUGCCCGAUAUAAAACGUGUUCUUAGCAAAUCCAGUAUUGCUAUCCUUGACAACAUGAAGAAUCACACUGAUACUACUUUUGUUUGUAACAUUGCAGAGAAACUUAUCUAUGAAGCAGCGUUGAAGGCGAGUUUGGCGACUGUUACUGUCGCUAUAGGAAUUGAAUCAAUAUUAUUUUUGUCUUUUGUGUUUUACAAUUUAAUUCCAAGGCGACGAAAGAAAACAUUAGAUGACCAGCAUCUUUGUCGGCUCCUGUUCAUGCAUCUGUUUUCAGGAUAUGGUUCGAUCGGACUUGCUGUAGUUUGCGGAUAUUUCGCUUUUUUAGACUUAAAUCGUCCUGCUUUGUCUUUCUUUGGAAUUGUAUUUGGCUGUUGUAUCGUUUUUCGAUAUAUAUUGACUUGUACUUCCGGUUUGGUAUUUAACGUCUGCUGUUGUCAUGGUUGCUGGAUCUGUUUUCAGUCAAGCUGUUGUAAAUGUUUCGAGGCUUUUUGUCGUUGUAAAUGUUAUAGGUGUCAUUUAAGUACCUUUUGUUUUAUUUGUCUGACUGCAUUAAUCAUUAUCUCUGUUGCUUUACUUUUCAUUGUGUUCUGGGACGAUCGUUCAUAUCUUCGGAUUUAAGUCGUAGAGUGAGUAUUAAAGAAUGCA